CUCAUCAGGCCAGUGUCUGCAACAGAGUUUCUUUCAUACAUAAUUACCGUAAAUCAACUUUUGAGAUUGAAAUACGCCAAGAGACAAGAUGACUAAAGUACUCCUCACUGGCGGUUCUGGCUUCAUCGCCGCUCAUGUCCUUGAGACGCUCCUUCAGCGGGGCCACUCAGUGGUGACCACCGUUCGGUCGCAGGACAAGGCAAAGAAGAUCCACGAUGCCCAUCCUAGCAUCGGAAAGGACAAGCUCGAGACCCUCAUCGUGCCCGACAUCGCGAAAGAGGGGGCCUUUGACGAAGUCGUCAAGACCCCUGGUCUCGAGGCCGUCUUGCACACAGCCAGCCCUUUCCACUUCAAGAUCAACGAUCCUCAAAAGGAUCUCAUCGACCCAGCUGUCAUCGGCACCACCGGCAUCCUCAAGGCCAUCACCAAGUCCGCGCCAGGCGUCAAGCGCGUGGUCAUCACCUCGUCCUUCGCGGCGAUUCUGGACAAGGACAAGAUAACGGACCCCAACGCAACCUUUACCGAGAAGUCCUGGAACCCCGUGACGAUCGACGAGAUCCACGAAAGCCCCGCCAUCGCCUACCGGGCGUCCAAGAAGCUCGCCGAGAAGGCAGCAUGGGACUACGUCCAAGCAGGCGCCGGCUUCGACCUCGUGACCGUCAACCCGCCCAUGGUCUUCGGCCCCGUCGUGCACUACCUCGCGAGCCUGGACGCCAUCAACACCUCCAACGAGCGGUUCGUCUCCCUCGUGCAGGGCGGCUGGCGGAACAGCGAGAACAAGAUCCCCGACACGGGGGUGAAUAUCUGGGUGGACGUGCGUGACGUGGCGCUCGCGCACGUGCUGGCCAUCGAGAAGCCCGAGCUGGCGGGCAGGAGGCUGUUCACGACGGCUGGGUACUACUCAAACCGGGAGAUCCUCGACGCGGCGAGGAAGAAUUUUCCUGAGCUGGCAGACAAGUUCCCUGCCGAGGGCGCCACGGGUGGAGAGCCGAUCCCGGCAGACAAGACGUUCAAGUUUGACAACAGCGAGACAACCAAGGCGCUGGGUUUCCAGUGGACGACGCUGGAGACGACGACUUCGGAUACGCUGAAGAGCUUGAUUCCUUUUCUCAAGUAG